UUCCAGGUGGGGCAGCGGGAGGCAGGAGGUGCACAGAGAGGUGGGCAGUGCAGGUCUGUGCCGCUCAGCAGCCUGCUGCCGCAAGCACGCGAUGCCACCGUGUUUCCAGCUCACGCCUGCACCGCUGCUGCGACAGAGCAGCCAUUCCACCCAAAGCUGCUCCAACAUCUGCACCAGAGCCCAUCCAUCCCGCUGAGCGCUGCAGGAAGGAGCACGGCUGUGGGUUGCGCUGCAGUGUUACCUUCUCAGCCUCCAGAGCGUAGGCCAGGUCAGAGCGCGGCUCACGGAACCUGAAGUACGCCCCUGCCCAGUCCUGGCUGAAGGUGCGCGAUGCGUUCCCGAGCAGCAGCGUCCGCAGUGCCUGGAGGUAGAGAGCAGCUACAGCCCCUGAUGGGCGCCUGCGCCUCGGUGUGCUGCGCACAGAGUGCACAUCGUGGUCCUGCCUGCACGCUGCCUGCACUGCGUCCUGCGGGCUGCGCUCGGCCACGGGCUGGGGCUGGGGGAGCUGUGGGGAUGGGGGGCUGUGGGUCUGUGCUUGGCCACAGGCUGGGGGAGCUGUGGCUCUGACCCUGAGCGAGGGCUGUGUUUACCUCUCUAUGGGAUGGGACUUCCCUGGCUGUGGUCUGCACCACAGCUCCUGCCAGGUUUCACCUCCAGUUUCACACCCUGAGCUUUUCAUUAUGUUUGUGCCGCAGUGGUGGGGUUGUGUCAGAGGUCACAGACACGAGGUUGGUGCUGGGACUCUGCCAUCGCUUGCAGAACGCCGGUCAGGUUCUGGGGCCCAGGCACCAAGCACUGACGGUCUCACAGCCAUUUCGUAUUCGGCAGCAGAGAAGUGCUCUCCUGCUGCUGGGCAUCCUGCCCCUCACAGCUCGUCCCUAGGAAAGCACUGGAAAGCCGGGGCAUGCCUGGCAGCAACCAGAGUUACGAGAAUGUGUUACGGCCGUGCCCCGUGGGAGUCUCAUACACAAGGAAUGACGGUAACUCUGUAAGCAACAGCAGCAGCCUGCAGCCCUCACACACUGCCAGCUCCGGGUCAGGUUCCGUGCUGCCCAUGCUGCUCACCGUUGCCAUGUCCAUGGGGAUGGGCCGCCCCGCCUGCUGUGCCUCUGCAGGUGGCACACGUGGCUCCGCGGCUCCUCUGGUGCCCACUGCUCCAUGCCCACAGCCCGCGGGUCCCUGUGGGGAGACAGAGCCGCCGCUGGGGGCUCCCUGCUCCAGGAUCCCUCCUCCCAGCUCCCGCUCGCUCCCUGCCCUCCCUGCGCCACGCUCGGCCCUCACUGCCCUUCACCACCCGCUGCCACCUUUGGGCACGAAGCUGAGCAGCUGAACUCUUCUGCAGAGUGUUUUGGAGUGCUAACAAACCAACAGCGACUGCAGAUAUUUCUGCUUCAAACAGGGCAAACUCAGGUUUUGGUUACAAAUGGUUGCUCUAAGAGGUGUGUGGCAUUCACUCCCAAAUGUCUGUUACAGUCCUGAGUGGUUGCGCUGCAGAUGAGGCACAUCCGUGUUGGGUACAUACACGUUUGUGCAUCUCACUUCCAACUGGCUCCCGCUGUUAAAAACAACUCCCACAGAAGGGAAUGAUGACGGUGUGAAAGAAUAUUUGGACUCCCGGACACAUCUGUGCUUGUCAGCCUGAGCGCGGGGCAGCGUCCAAACACAUCGUGUGGGCCUUCAUUUCAUAGCUUUUUUUCCCUGUGUUCUUAAAUUGGCCACACAAGCUGUUAAGCAGAGCAGUAAGGUUAAUUUAUGUUCUGCUCUGCUGCUUUGGUUCAGAUCGGGAAAACGACUCUUGAGAAAACACGACGCACACAGACGUGUUCCGAGGAGUGUGAGCAGCUCCGUGUGGGCACCGCGGGGGACUGCAGUGUCUGCGGAUGGGAGCACAGCGCAACCCGGGGCAGAAACACCCACCUGGGGGGCGGUCUGACUGCCUUCCCGGCUGCAAAGGGAAAGGAAAUGCACAUUAAAAUAGGGUAGAGAUGUUGUUCGUGCGUUUGGGAAUGGGAGGCAGCCAGAAGAGAACUGCAGGAGAGAAAGCAGGUAAAAGCUGCUGCUUUUAAUAAUAACAAUAUACAACAUAAUAUUAGUAGUAAUAACAACAUGUCACAAACAACCAUAUUAAACUUAACAACCAGCUGCAUUUUAGAACUCUGGAAUUCAGAAGGCGGUAAUAAUGAAGCAGACUAAAAAACUUACCCACAGAAGCUGAAGAUUUUCCUCCAUUUGUCCAGAUCUGAAAUCCUGCUGGAGAUCUCACCCAGAGCAGUUUGGGGCGCCGUGUGCUCAGCGUGUGCAGCGUGCAUUGCCUGCUCAGGUGUGCGCAGUGUGCACUGCAUGCUCGCUGUGCUCAGCCCCUCGCUCUCCCACUGCCACCCUCCGUGUGUGCAGCAGAGGGGAGCGGAGCCAGGUGCCCACUGCGCAGCCCUCGUCCUCUCGUCCGCCUGCUGCUGUCACAUUGUGAUUAAACUUUAAUUAGCAUUGGACACGCUCUGUGCUCCCCGCUCAGAACCUGCCUCCCACCCCCGCCGGUCUGUAUGCCACUUCCUCGCAGUGGUGCUUAGAUGUACAGACAGACCUGUGUACUUCUUUUUAUUGUGAUAAGAAAAAAUCUGAAUUUUCAGGAAAACUUCCAAAAUAUAUUCAGAUAUUUCUCCUCACUAUAUAUAUAUACACACACAUUUUUUUUUAAGCAUGAAACAUACCGUUGUAGAAAUGACACAGGGAAAAACUGUAGCUGAUGCUCGUGGGUUCGAAGCGAUGCACAGAGCACAUGGUGGUGUUUGCUGGUGUUCAUCCAGGAGCACAAACAGAGCACCACGUGUGCUGCAGCUGCUGCAUUGGGUGCUCAGAUGCACACAGUGCCCCAGUUUGGUUUGCUGCUCAGUUGCUCUGUUUGCCUUGGGGACUGGGCAAGGAUAGCAGUAACAGCUGGUCUCACGGUUGUGGGUAGGGUGGGAUGGGUUGGGAUGGGGAUAAGAUGGGAUGGGAUGGGAUGGGAUGGGAGUACUCUUUGUGAAGGGCUCCCCAGCAGCUGGGCCCUUCACCACCACACAACAAAUAUGACUGCAGUGGGUUACUCUUCGGCACUGAGGUCUGUGCAGCUCUUUAUUUUACAAAUGUUGCUCCUUCCAAGUAGGCAGGGGCACCCCAGGUGGGCACAGCACUGCGGGCAGCCCGACCCCCCCACCAACCGGCAGCAGUGCUGCAGAGGAGGACAAUCCAUGGAACACCGGGAGCAGGAAGGGUGGAACAUUACUCCUCAUUAACUGCAGUUUAGUAAAUAAUACAGUGAAACAUGGUAGAAAUUAUGUGUUAAGAAGAUAUAUUAUCAUUAAUUAAUAAAGGCAGGCAUAUUAAUUAGAAAGAGAAUUAUAAAUGAAUUGUAGGUGGUCAUGGCACCUUGCAGACACCAUCGCACAUGGUUAGAAACAAGGCACGUAUUGUACAGCCCAGGGCAAAGCUGCUCUGUAAGAGGCUCAGAGGAGCAGGACUGUGGGUGCCAAACCUCACACAGACAGAGCCAGCAGCCAGCCCUAAACGUUUUGCCAUUCAUUGUCAAAGUAUAAAAACAGGUGCCUGUAUCAGCAAGGUCACCCUGCACACCACUGCAGCUUGGGGCUCCCAGAGCCAGGCCCUGCGUGCUGGGGCUGCUACAGGUGGCUGUGAGGGGAUUGCUCAUGGCACACAGCUGUGCAGGAGCCGACUUCUGCAGAUAAAUGGGAGCUGGGCAGACCCUAGGCUCUUCCUCUGCUGUGUGUGUGCGUGUGUGCAUAUGCUGAGUGGUGUCCCUGCACAGCGGUGUUGGUAGGAUGAAGAUUUUCCAUGCACCUAUGGUUGGUGGGAGAGCACAGUACACCUGGUGAGCAGCUGGAGCACCUUGCCUGACUGGGAGGUGGUGCAGGUGGUGGCUGCUGAAGGCAGCAGUGAUGAACACCUCUGUCCUCAUGCUGUGUGACUCUAAUACAUCAGGUCUGCGGCACCAGUGGCUGUCCCCGAGUCCUUGGGUUUAGAGAAGGGGAACUCAAACCCAGCCAGACGUAUCAGCAGCGCGUUGAGGAAGUGCACCAGGGAGCAGGACAGGAUGAUCCAGAAGGAGUCUGCAAACCGUUCGCUGUGGGUUUUAAAUGUGAAACUUUUCUCCUUGAAGUUGGCGAUUUUCUCUGAGAGGUGGUGGAUCUUCACCUCGGAGGAGAAGAGGAUCAUGAUGAGGCAGCCACAGGAACCUGGAAGGAGCACAAGAUGCCCAUCACUGCAGUCUCUGCAGGAACAGUGUGGUGUCCCUGGGACCUGUGGGCUGCUGGAGCUGCCCCAGUGCUAGAGGUUGGCUCCCAACUGCCCUGCUGCCAACCCACCACGGGCAGCAUCCGUGCCCUGUGCUCAGCUCUGCUGUGCACAAAGCUGUGCAGCAAAACCAGCCCCUCCUGCCUGCCCCCCACGUUCUGUUUGGUCCCUGUACUGUGGCCCCAUGCUGCAGUGGAUGUGCAGCCCAGAGAGGGUACUCACAGGCGAUGAAGCUCCACAGGUACAGCCCCACGGGGCCAUGCAGUGUUUCGUAGGGGCUGCCGAAGGCGUUGUACAGGAAAAAGCCCAUUCCCACCAGUGUGAAGAUGAUCAGCACCAUGCAGAAGAGAAUGACGCUGACGUGGAUGCUUGCAGGGAUGAUCUUGAGCAGGUCUGGAAAAACUAGAAGUGAAGUUAGAAAAUAUUAUAAACAUUAAGCAAAGUUAAUGUGGAAGUCAUGCCAAGGCUUUCCUGCUAAUUUGUGCUUAUUGCUUUAAACUGUGCUUUCCCAAGUGCAGUCUGUCCUCCGCCCCCACUACUGAUCUCGAUGGAGGGGCACACAGAAAGCCCAGAAGUUCUGUGUGCUCCCGAAGUCACACUGAAGUGCUGAUGCAGUAAUGCAGCUGUCAGUGCAGCGGUUCGGAAGAUGGGCCCUGUGCUGGGAGAGGAGGAUGCCCCGGUGCUGCAGGACGCGCAGCAGGCUGGGAUAGAGGCCGCAGUCCUGCUUCAGGAAGGGAGGACGAACUUACUGCGGUGAAUGUAAAGCAAGGCUUCAGUAAUCAGCCUGCCUUCUCUGGAGAUGAGCAUGGUUCUGCUAGAAAUAUUGUCAUCAACGCCUCUAAGAUUGGCGCUUACUUCAGCAGCAUAUUAGCAGAAAAGCUAAAACUUAAUACGUUCCAGGACACGGGAAAGAAGAAACCACAAGUAAAUGCCAAAGACAACUACUGGCUGGUUACUGCUCGCUCUCAGAGUGCAAUUCACAACUGGUUCACAGAUCUAGCAGGAAGUAAACCACUGACUAUUUUAGCAAAAAAGGUUCCAAUUCUCAGUAAAAAAGAAGAUGUUUUUGCUUACUUAGCAAAAUAUUCUGUACCACUGCUGCGAGCAGCAUGGCUGAUCAAAAUGACAUGUGCCUACUAUGCUGCCAUUUCUGAAGCUAAAAUCAAGAAACGCCAGGCCACUGACCCAAAUAUUGAAUGGACUCAAAUUAUAACCAGAUACCUUCGAGAGCAGCUGGCAAAGGUUGCAGAGUUUUAUCAUGUGACUUCCAGCCAAGGCAACAGCUCUGUAGUGAUGCCUCAAGAGAUGGAACAGGCCUUGAAGCAGUGGGAAUAUAAUGAAAAAUUGUCCUUUUAUAUGUUUCAGGAAGGAAUGCUUGAGAGACACGAGUACUUGACAUGGAUACUGGAUGUUCUGGAAAAAAUCAGACCUACUGAUGACGACAUUCUUAAGCUGGUGCUGCCACUAAUGUUGCAGUAUUCAGAAGAGUUUGUUCAGUCAGCUUACCUGUCCCGCCGCCUUGCUUAUUUCUGUGCCAGACGCCUGUCGUUACUGCUGAGCGAUGGCCCCAGCCUUGCAGCUGCACAUUCUCCUCAUGUGAUUAUUGCACCAAGUAACCCUCCUUUGGCAGUGCCGAGUCCGACUGCACCCGGUCCUGUGCUGAGCCCUGUGCAGCUCACCUGCUCAGAUUUCCUCUCCUGCCCACAACACCGCCCGCUGGUGUAUGGGCUGAGUUGUAUGCUGCAGACAAUAACUCUUUGUUGCCCAAGUGCCUUGGUGUGGAAUUAUUCCACAAAUGAAAAUAAGAACAUGAAUCCUGGCUCACCCCUGGAUUUGCUUCAAGUUGCUCCAUCUAGUUUACCUAUGCCAGGUGGAAAUUCAACAUUUAAUCAGCAGGUUCGGGCAAAGAUCUAUGAGGUAGAACAGCAGAUAAAACAAAGAGGUCGUGCUGUGGAGGUGCGGUGGUCUUUUGACAAGUGCCAAGAAUCAACUGCAGGGGUGACCAUCAGCCGAGUUCUGCAUACCUUAGAAGUGUUGGAUCGACAUUGUUUUGACAGAUCAGAUUCCAGCAACUCAAUGGAGACGCUUUAUCAUAAGAUUUUCUGGGCAAACCAGAAUAAAGAUAACCAAGAGGCAGCCCCCAGCGAUGAGGCCGUGGUGAUGCUGCUGUGUGAGUGGGCUGUGAGCUGCAAGCGGUCUGGGAAGCACCGGGCCAUGGUGGUGGCCAAACUCCUGGAGAAGAGGCAAGCAGAAAUUGAAGCAGAAAGAUGUGGUGAAGCUGAAGUCCUAGAUGAAAAGGAAUCUCUGUCUUCAGCCUCCUUGACAAGUUCCAGUCUUCCUGUUUUCCAGAACGUCCUGCUGAGGUUUUUGGACACACAGGCUCCCUCGCUGUCUGACCCAAAUAGCGACCAUGAGAAGACGGAGUUUGUGAAUUUGGUGCUGCUGUUUUCUGAAUUCACUCGACACGAUGUUUUCUCCCAUGAUGCAUACAUGUGCACUUUAAUAUCACGUGGAGACUUGUCAAUCACUGCAACUACGAGACCACGUUCACCUAAUGGGGAAACUGGGGAUGAACACUAUUCUAAGGAUCAUGAUAUGAAAAUGGAGGAUCAUAAUAUUAUGGAGCACAUGGGCACUGACUCAGGACCCACUAGUAUCUUUGAUGAUGUAGACAAGGGUGACUUUAAGGCAGAUUUUGGUUCGGAAUUUCCAAUUUUUUCUCCGAUGCCUGGGGAGUCCUGUGAGAACAUGAACUCUUCUUUAGACAGAAGAAUUUCUGUUGCCAGUGAGAAGUCAGUCAAGAGGGAAAGACUCAGAGAAGUGAUUUUUCCAUCUAACUAUGACCUCCUUCGUCAUCUGCAAUAUGCAACGCAUUUCCCAAUACCUCUGGAUGAAUCCUCAAGCCAUGAGUGUAACCAGCGCAUGAUUCUUCUCUAUGGUGUUGGCAAGGAGCGUGAUGAAGCAAGACAUCAGCUGAAGAAGAUUACCAAAGACAUCCUGAAGAUUCUGAAUAAGAAGAGUACUACUGAAACGGGUGUUGGGGAUGAAGGGCAAAAAGCCAGGAAGAACAAACAAGAAGCAUUUCCAACUCUAGAGACUGUGUUCACAAAACUACAGCAGCUGUCAUAUUUUGACCAACAUCAGGUGACAUCUCAGAUCUCCAGCAAUGUUCUCGAACAAAUAACCAGCUUUGCCUCAGGAACAUCCUAUCACCUCCCCUUGGCUCACCACAUACAGCUCAUCUUUGAUCUCAUGGAACCAGCACUGAAUAUCAACGGGCUGAUAGACUUUGCAAUACAGCUGCUGAAUGAGCUGAGCGUGGUGGAGGCAGAGCUGCUGCUGAAGUCGUCCAGCCUUGCAGGGAGCUACACCACGGGGCUGUGUGUGUGCAUCGUUGCUGUCCUGCGGCGUUACCACGCCUGCCUCAUUCUCAACUCGGAGCAAACUGCACAAGUCUUUGAAGGGUUGUGUGGAGUGGUGAAGCACGUUGUUAAUCCCUCAGAGUGUUCCUCCCCAGAAAGAUGUAUUUUGGCCUACCUCUAUGACCUAUAUGUGUCCUGCAGCCACCUGCGAAGCAAGUUUGGAGACCUCUUCAGUAGUGCCUGUUCUAAGGUGAAGCAAACAAUAUACAGCAAUGUUCAGCCUUCAAAUUCCAAUCUGCUGUGGGACCCGGAGUUCAUGCUUGAUUUUAUUGAGAACCCUUCUGCUCACAGCAUUAACUACUCCAUGCUGGGCAAGAUCCUGAGUGACAACGCAGCCAACCGCUACAGCUUUGUCUGCAAUGCUCUAAUGAAUGUGUGCAUGGGGCACCAAGAUGCAGGGAGGAUUAAUGACAUAGCAAACCUUUGUGCAGAGCUGACGGCGUGCUGCACCGUGCUGAGCUCGGAGUGGCUGGGGGUUGUCAAAGCUCUUUGCUGCUCUUCCAAUCACGUGUGGGGUUUCAAUGAUCUGCUCUGCAGCGUGGAUGUGAGUGACCUGUCAUUCCACGAUUCCCUGGCCACUUUCAUUGCCAUACUGAUUGCCCGGCAGUGCUUUUCUCUGGAAGAUGUCGUUCAGCACGUAGCACUGCCUUCUCUUCUUGCAGCUGCCUGUGGGGACCCAGAUGCUGAGCCUGGGGCCAGGAUGACUUGUCGGCUUCUCCUGCACCUCUUCAGGACACCCCAGGUCUGCCUCUUUCCCCAGGGAGCAGGAAAAUUAUUUCCUGGAAUUCGUUCUUCUUGUGAUCGUCACCUCUUGGCUGCUGCUCACAACAGCAUAGAAGUGGGAGCUGUGUUUGCAGUCUUAAAAGCAAUUUUGAUGCUUGGUGACGCUGAGAUCGGCAGCAGCAGUGUCACCCCUGUGAAGAACGAGGAGCUGCCCGUGAGGGGCUUGCUGGAUGAGAUCGCUGAGGAUGAAAUGUGGGCUUCCUCUCACGCUCUGAAAUCACGUGGAAAAGCUGUUUCCAUAGAAACCGCCAGUUUGAGCGAGUAUGCUAGAUAUGUGCUAAGGACCAUUUGCCAGCAGGAAUGGGUUGGAGAGCACUGUUUAAAAGAACCUGAGAGGCUGUGCACAGAUAAAGAUCUAAUUUUGGAUCCCGUUCUUUCAAACAAGCAAGCACAGAAACUUCUUCAGCUUAUCUGUUAUCCUCAUGGUGUGAAAGAAUGCUCCGAGGGGGACAACCCUCAGAGGCAGCACAUCAAACGCAUACUUCAGAACUUAGACCAGUGGACUCUGCGGCAGUCUUGGUUGGAGCUGCAACUAAUGAUCAAGCAGUGCAUGAAGGAGCCUGGUUCUGGGUCUGUGGCUGAAAUGAACAGCUUGUUGGAUAAUAUUGCAAAGGCGACAAUAGAGGUGUUUCAGCAAUCCGCUGAUCUAAACAAUAACUCUUCUAACUCUGGUAUAGGCCUCUUCAAUCCAAACUCUGUUGGAAAUGCUGACACAAGUAAUACAAGACAGAAUGGUAAAAAGACAUUCCUAAGUUCCUCCGAGUGGCGAGGAGUGUGGCUGGUGGCUCCCUUGAUUGCAAAACUACCUACCUCAGUUCAAGGUAGGGUCUUGAAAGCUGCGGGAGAGGAGCUGGAGAAAGGUCAGCAUUUGGGGUCAUCUUCUAAGAAGGAAAGAGAUAGACAGAAGCAAAAGAGCAUGUCUCUCUUGAGUCAGCAGCCUUUCCUUUCUUUGGUACUUACUUGCCUUAAGGGACAGGAUGAGCAGCGGGAAGGGCUUCUAACAUCACUGCAGAAUCAAGUCAAUCAGAUUCUUAGUAACUGGAGGGAAGAACGGUACCAGGGUGAUGUUAAAGCUAGGCAAAUGAUGCAUGAAGCCUUACAGCUUCGUCUGAAUUUGGUAGGUGGCAUGUUUGAUACUGUGCAGAGGAGUACCCAGUGGACCACAGACUGGGCACUUCUGCUCCUCCAGAUAAUCACUUCGGGAACAGUUGAUAUGCAGACCAACAACGAAUUGUUCACAACCGUGCUGGAUAUGCUGGGUGUCCUCAUCAACGGGACGCUCGCCUCCGACUUGUCCAGUGCUUCCCAAGGGGGACCCGAGGAAAACAAAAGGGCUUACAUGAACUUAGUGAAAAAGUUAAAAAAGGAGCUGGGAGACAAGCGGUCAGACAGCAUUGACAAGGUUCGCCAGCUGCUCCCUUUGCCAAAGCAGACAUGUGAUAUUAUUACCUGUGAGCCAAUGGGAUCCUUGAUUGACACCAAGGGCAACAAAAUUGCGGGGUUUGACUCCAUUGAUAAGAAACAGGGUCUUCAGGUGUCAACAAAACAAAAGGUGUCCCCUUGGGAUUUGUUUGAAGGUCAUAAAAAUCCUGCUCCUCUCUCCUGGGCCUGGUUUGGUACAGUUCGUGUCGACAGGAAGGUGAUCAAAUACGAAGAGCAGCAGCAUCUGCUCCUGUACCACGCGCACCCCAAACCCAAGCCGCGGAGCUACUACCUCGAGCCCCUGCCUCUGCCUCCGGAGGAGGAGGAGGAGGAGGAGCCCACCACCCCUGUCUCUCAGGAACCAGAAAGGAAGUCAGGAGAUCAGGAUCAGGGAAAGCAUGCCACAGAUGACGAGAAGAAGACAAAGGGCAGGAAGAGGAAGUCAAAGUCAGGCUCUAAGGCUGAUGAAUAUCCACAGAACAACUUAUACAGAGUGCCUCCCAAUUACUCUCCCAUUCCCUCACAAAUGAUGCAGCAUCCUCAGUCUGCCCUGUGGGGCUACACCAUCAUGGGGCAGCCGCAGCAGCCUGGCUUCUUCGUGCAGAACCAGCCCCUCCCUCCAGGUGGUUCCAGGCUGGAUCCAACGAGCUCCUUCGUCCCAGCCAACACGAAGCAGGCCCUGUCCAACAUGCUGCAGCGGCGCUCCGGCACCGUGCUGCAGCCCCCUGCCCUCCACGCAGUCACACCUCAGCAGCAGUUGCUCCAGAUGAAACUCCUGCAGCAAGAGCAGCAGCAGCAGCGGCUCCUCAGGCACCAAGCACAGGCACGGUCUCUCCAGCAGGAUGUCAGUAGCUCUGCCGUAUCCCUUCAGGAUGGCUUUGACAACAUAAUGGGUCAGCCGAUGGACCCCGCUGCUCUUUUCACCCCGCAAGUCCGACCCACGCCACAGCUACCGCAGUACCCAGGGCUUCAGCAAGCACAGAGCAUGCCCCACGGGUACACGAUGUACAGCACCCCGAUGCCUUUGCAGCAGCAGCAGCAGCCCAGCAGCGUGGUGCUCUCUCCUGGCUACACCCCGCGGGCAUACACAGCCCACUCCAGCCCCGUGCUGAUGGAGCGGCUGCGGCCGGGGCAGCCGGGCAGCGUGGCUCAGCAGCAGGCAGCUGCCUACAUGCAGCCCCUGGCGGGUGCUCAGCGGUUGACCCAUCAGCCUCUGCAGCCAAACUCGUUGAUAGGGGCAGGCCUGGACAGUGCAUCAACCGCACGUACACAUCCAACCUUGAGUUCAGCGCAGCUGCCCCAGGAGCAAAUGCGACAGAGGCAGCAGGAGAUCCGACAGCAGAGACUCUUCCAGAUGCAGCAGGGGCAGCAGCAGCAGACUCUUGAUCUUCAGCCUGUGCAGCCACAGCAGCCCCUGCAGUUCCCCAGGCAGGGCCUGCAGCAGACGCAGCAGCAGCAGCAGACGGCGGCGCUGGUCCGGCAGCUGCAGAAGCAGCUCUCCAGUAACCAACCGCAGGGAGUGAACCAGUAUGGGCAUCCUUCACACUUCUGAGUCAAAAGGUGGGAAGGAGGCGGAGCGUUCCGCUUGCACUGAAGAACAGAACAUCCGAAAUGCAAUGCACUACUUACUGCUAGACAGCAAACCUUCAUUUCCUUCUCUUAGUGUUUCGUUAAUGAUUUUCCGUGCUGCAGUUGCUGUGAGUAUGUGAUGAGGUGGCUCUGGGGGGGGUUGAGUUUCUUUGCUUUUAAUUGGAUUUAAAUGUGAGGACUUGUGGACCUAUCUGAGAAAUGCUAUUGCAAAUUUUAUGAAUGUGGUGCUUUUUAGGUCCCGCUCCUUUUGAAGAGGACAAAGAGUGCUGGGUUUGUUUGGUUAUUCGUGGGAAACAUUCCUUUGUUGUUAUUAUUAUUAUUAUUUUAAAGAACUGCAUUGGACCAAAGUGCUGAACUUAAAGGCACCCCUGACCUGGGCAUAGCAGUUGGUUUGUUGGUUAAGGUGUUCACCUCUUUGUUUGCUGGCAGAGCGAGCAUUGAUUUGAAUUGUGUUUAUUUGACUGUGAUUUUCAUAUGCACUUUAUAAAGUUCUUUGUUUAAAGUACCAAUUCUCUCUCGCUCUCAUUGUGGUAAGAAGGUGCUGAAGUGGGUUUAUUGCUUGUAUGAGAACUUCUUAAAGUUUAUAUUAAAAGCCACAAUGUAAUGUUAAUAAACCGACUGAAAGUA